GCUGCGCCCUGCGCGACGUUGGCGAGGUCACGUGUGUGUCGUCCCAUGCCCGAUGGCCGUGCUUCGGUAGGGCACCAGCGCGUCCCUCGCAACCCCGUCGUCGCACGUUGAACCCGCGCUGCCAGCCACCGGCCUUGCCUGGCCACUCGGCAGGAAACCCGGCAUCCCGAAGAUCCGACACACCAGCCCCGCGAUGGCGGCACCGAUCCUUCGACGCUGCAGCAGUGCAGACCCAGAGCGGCAGCCAUGGUUCGCGGCACCUUGAGCCGACGCGCGCUGCACAGCCAGCGGGCGCGACCGUUGGGACCGUCGGCGUCACAAGUCAACAGCACGACGCGUUCUCGUCUGCAGCCAGCGUGCCGUCGGCACAUCCCGACUUCGCUUAUCAUAAGCGCGGUCCAGAACCCGCGAGAAACUGUCGCCGAGCCGUCUUCAGGCGCAGAGGCCGCGAUGCGUCGGCCGCCCUGAGCGCCUGCCCGACACUGGGAUGUCGGCGUGGGCCCGCCGGGUACAUCGGGGCGCUACCAGCCUGGGCCAGGCGGUGGCAUCGUGCGGCGGCGCGGCACCCUACCCAAUGCGCCUGGAGAAGGUCAAGUUUGGCGUGCCUCUGGAGCAAGUGUGCACCGCGGGACAGGACUUGCCGGCGCCGCUGCUCGUGCUCGUGCUCAAGCUGAACAAGGAGGCACCCACUAAGAAAGACGUCUUCCGUGCGCCAGGACAUCAGGGCAACAUGAAGAAGCUGGUGCACUUCCUUCAUCAGGGGAGGCUAGUGAACUUGGACCACUUCUCAGUCUACACGAUAGCAUCGGUGCUGAAGAAGUUCUUGCGCAAGCUGCCAGGUGGCAUCUUCGGGCCUGCCUUGGAGGACCAACUCUUUCAGGCGCUGGCGGAGAUUUCGGAGAUGGAGGAGCGGCGUGAGCGGGUGCAGCGUCUGCUGUCGUCCCUGCCCCUGCCCGCCCAGCGGCUCCUGGUGCUGCUCUUCGGCACCUUCCGCCUGGUGGCCUCGUCGGCCGAGGCCUGUCGCACGGGCAUGACCUCCGAGGCCCUGGGGGUCAGCGUGGCACCCUCUUUCUUCCGGUCCUGCGUCAGCGAGGGGAAGGUGGCGCGCAUGGAAGACGUGGUUCGGUUCAAGGCAGCCACCCGGGUGACACAGUUCCUGAUCGACCACUUCGGUGUGAGCAACCUGUUUGGCCGGGACAACUACGAGUACUACGCACGGCUGACCGGGCGCGUGCUCAAGGUCGAGGAGGACUGGGUCUUCGCCUUCCGCUACCCACCCGACUCCCUCGUACCACGCAAGACGUCCCUGGAGGCGGAGCGUUCGUGGCUGCAGGCGGAGGCCCAGCGCUGGGGCCUGCACCACGGCCAGUCGACCCCGGCCCUGGCCCAGGAGGGGCCCUGCCUGGUGCUGGAGGAGGCGGGGCUCCACCAAACGCCCCUCCUCGGCCCCGCCCGCUCCCUCUCCUUCCUACCGCUCGUCCACGAGCGGCAGGUUGCACGGAUGCGCACCAGGUCGGAGUGGUUCCUCAGCCCCCUGGGGGGCACCCCGUCUUCCAGGGGGUCAAGAGGGUCGUCGUCAAGACGCCUAGUGCGCCGUUCGUCAUCGAGGGACAAAGAGAACGGACCUCCCGUGGUGUCGGAGCAGGACUGCACCGAACUGGACGUGCAGACGUUCCACGUCACACUAACCUACAAGCCGCGUAUCUGACGUGCGUGCGAGCGGCGCCAGUGACGCCCAGAACGAGCCAGUAUUCCAAGCAUCAUGCCAAAAACGUUCUCCCCUUUUUAUUUAUUUCAUGCUACGUUUUGUCAGACGACGGACUGAGGGGGAAGCCACACUCCGUUCAACCUCAGGAUGAUGGUGCGGUGGAAGUUACGUGCUAGGGCUCUAUACUCGUCACAUCGAGAAAAUAGCAAGUUUUCCUCGUUGUUCGUAUGCUGCACGAGGUAGUUCUUGAAGGAUUUGGCUCUUAGGGGGAAGAAACAAUGCUUUUUGCAUUUGAAACUUGUACAGCUCGAUAAAAUAAUGUGUAGGAAAUCUAAAAUACAUUUUUGUACACCUUAAUUCGUUAUAUAAGGGGGGAUAUUCCUAAGGCCCGCUUCAGAUGGGGCAAUUUUGCCCAGCAACUUGACGUCGCAACACCAGCAACACGGGCCGCCCGCGUUCACACGCAGCAACCGAAUUGCUCCGACUUGGCAUCAUCAUCAUGAAAUUUGAUUUUUCUUACACUAUUUAGACGCACAGAUACGCGCUAAAAACAUGUUUUUAUAUCUUUGAAUGGUGUUGAGAAUACUAACUCAUCUUUCUGAAAAGGUUUAUUUCCGAAAACUAUCCAUUUCGAGCAAGAACAAAGUUUAUAGCUGUCAUCAUCACUACCACAGGGGUGUCAUGGGAAAAUAUCGCAUCUCUGAUUGGCUGCAGCCAUUUCAAACGUUUUCGAAUUGCUCCGAGUUGCUCGCUCGUUCGAGCCGGACCCAAUCUCAGCAAUUUGUGUCGAUCUAGGGAAAGCUAGGGAACAACCCGCCAGCAACCUCAAAAUUGCUGGAAAAGUUGCCCCGUCUGAAGCAGGCCUAACGCUCCACAAGAGGCCAAACUGUCUACUACGGUUCUCGAAACAAAUAUGAAAAUACACUCGUCAAACACCAAUUUGGAGUUUAAAGUUUGCAAAGCGCGGGGAUUCGACUUCGACAAGCAAAGUGUGGCGGCGGCAUCGCGAGAGUCCAAUUGGUGCGUGCGUUAACUUUGGCCCAAACUUUGUGUUUGACGAGUCUAGAGCUAUAGUCCAUUACACGUUAGGAAAAGUAGGACAAGCUCCUCCGAUAAAGCCCUCUACCCUCUCCACUUUAGCAGAGCGUCUGCUGGAGAGGAGGAAACCAUCAAUCAUGGCGAGCAGAGAGCUUUGUGGGAGGGACUUGUCCCGCCCUUCUUGACCUGCAACAAACUAUAGUUGUAGCUAGUCACCUUUCGCCACGAGAUCACUUUCCUGCCUGAUAUGCACGCGGAGAGAGCAGGGUCAGGUGAUAAAAGGGGGGCGGUUCAUUGGCCACGCGAGCGUGUAGCUCCCACCGCACUGUCGGCUUAGGGCCGGAUAGAGUACAGGAGACACUGGAGCCAAUCCAAUGCCGUACAAGCGUCACGUGGCCUUCGUGAGGGGCACAGCGACGUGUCACGUGACGCGUUCGCAGCGCCGGAUAAUGGCUCGCAGCGUCCACUGGGGUCUGUCGUACGGUGAUACGGACUAUGGUGGCUGCAGCUUCGGGGCGUGCUGACUGUUUUCGAUCGACGACGAUUUGUUGGACAGGAAGGAGACUUCCUUUUCUCUGAAGUUCAUUCGUCUGUCCAGAGUUUGUGCCAGCAUUUGUGCGUGUCCCUUCGAGACGGCCGCUCUACUGUUGACGUCUACUACGUCGCUUACGAUGCCUCCUAUGGUUGUGUCUAUGGAACCGUUUGUAAACUCCGUCACCGUUUACGAACGGCCGCCAUGAGGGCAAACACCGUAAACUCGCACGGGUUUAGCUGUUGUUCGGGUUCAGUGCAAGCACUCAUGUUCCCUGUUCAUAGAAAGUAUGGAAGUUUUUACUUCGUUAUGUGUUGGCGAGAGUCUGCGGCUAAGGCUGCGGUCGCGUAGCCUCGAGACGUAACUUUUUGCGCAACGGAUGUGUUCAAACGACGGAAUCUCCUCUCUGAAACUCCGAGCUUAUGCUCCUAGCCUUUGCUACAUACUGGAGCUAGGGUGAAAUGGAGUACAGGGUUACAACUGUUGGGUGUUUUCGUGCCCCAGCGGGUAGUCAUUUUUGUGCGAGAUUACGGUGGGUUGCUGCUUGCGCAACUGCACACCACUUGUGUCCAGAGACCCCCACGUCUUUUUUUUUUUUUUCUUCUUAUUGUUUCUUUUAGAGUUACGUUGUGACUUGCCAGUCAAUAGCGACGUCUCUAAAUGUUUGUUCGGAUUGAAAGCGUCAUUCUAGGAGAGAGCCGAAGAGGUUUCGGCAAGGGUACCGAGAAGAUGGCAUGAUUCUCGGAACAUACUUGUAUCUCUCGCAUCGAAGCGAGAGAAGUGCCGCAGUAUUAUUACGGAAUCUCUUGAAAACCUCGAGCGUUUUUUUUUCCGGCGUCGAAUAAGUCAUUGUCACAUUACGAGAUUUUAUGCAAUGUUCUUCGGGGUUUUGAAGGUGUGUUACUUGAGUUAUAUGUGUCGGUCGUUGGAUUUCAUGACUUCAUCACCCCUUCAGAAAGAUGUAGCCGAGUACUGAUCACACUAGUGCUCGCGACUUAUAGGCAUUAAGAGUCUUUAUCACGGCACAGUGGUGUGAUCUGUACGCACACGCACGUGCCGUGAAAUUUUAAGUUAGGACGUCGAACGCCAGUAUUCCAGGCACCUUACGGACGCUGACCCACUAACCACAUUUGUUUUAUUUAUUGCCAUUUUGUCUUCAUGGUUGUUGCAUCGAGAUGGGCCAACCUUUCCCUUGCAAUGGAGUGUCAGGUGGACACGAGAUUCUUCAGACAUCUCCCAAUCUUUCUCGAGCGUGUGGCAUUGGGUGCCCAGGCAAGAUGGCUGUUGUACAGUCGUCUGCUGCAAUGGUAUACCUCUGUUUCCUACUGCCACAUUUCAUCUUGCAUUUCCUUUUUGGAAUAAAAUAUACAAUGUAUGAUAAA